CGCUGGUGUACCGUGUUUUGUUUACAAGUUUAAAGAACGUUGCCGAUUUUCUUUUCUCACCCUCGUGAAACAGGACGGUGUUUUCCGUUUAAAACCGAAAGUGUCUACCCGUUUCUCGUAAAUGUGCGGAUUAACUUUUUUUUUUCGUUUUGUAUCUGGAAGCGUAGCUGAGAAGCUCAUGAGCGAGGUGCGCGUGCAGACGCGGUAUCGUUAUCGCGAUUAGCACGAGCUGAUGAUGACAUCACGUGAAGAAACCGGUGUGUGACCAGAAUUUGUGAUUCGACAUAGAUAUUAGCUGAAAAUAGACUGGAUUAAAGAUGAGUUCUCUGGGUCGGAACGGUCUGAUCGGUUUCGGUAUCGGUGUCACCGUUAGUACCGGUAUGAUCGCGUUCCUGAUCAUUAAAGAGAUGAUGCGGAGGAGGAGCGAGCGCCACCUACAGGUGUCCCGCAGCAGUGCGGGGUUUGCCGUGAGCAGUGCGGCUGUGGACGGGAGGAUAAACCUGGAACCGGACAGCAGAGAGGUGUUAGCAUCUGCGCUGAGCGGGUUAACUCCGGAGCAGCACGCUGAACUGAGGAAAUCUCUGGACGAGGUGAUGAUGAGCGUUUCCACUCUGCGUAGUGAAGUGGCCGAGCUGAGGAACGGCCUGGGGGACAUCGCCAGCACCAUCAUCGAGGACAUCAGGAAGGGAGUGGAGGAGGGUCAGAGGUCACGGCGGCGACGUCACUUCCUGUCGAGGGAACGUUCCGACUCGAUGAGCUCCAGCUCCAUCUACUUCACUGCUAGUAAUGGGAUGAGCAGUCGGAGCGAGGGCGGAUACACGACAGCUUAUUCGACCGCGGAGUCUGACUACACAGACCGAGAGACGGACAGAGACGAGGACCGCGAUGAGGACGAUGAAGACGAGGAGGAGGAGCGUAGCUGUGCUACAGUUCUGACUCUCCAGCCGGACGAGUUGCAGUCUGAGCAAGACGAAGUGGACGGUGAUGAAGAAGCGAUGAUGAGGAGUCCUGAACUCGCUCUGCUGCUGAGCCAGAGUGACAUCCUACACGCCGGGGAUUCUGGGAAAAAAACUGACGGAUUUUACCUGUUGAGGGAGAACAAACCGCUGUACAGUGAUAAUGUCGAGUUUCUAUGGCGACUGGCUCGAGCCUACAAUGAUAUGUGUGAACACGCAGAGGACGAGGAAGAGAGGCAGAGCUACGCAGAGCAAGGUCGUGAUGAGGCAGAGUCGGCGCUUCAGAGCAAUGGACUAAACGCUGAUUGUCAUAAGUGGUUUGCUGUGCUGACUGGUCAGACCUUGCAGUGUGACAGCAUGCAUGGUAAACUGAAGAGCAGCCACAUCCUGAAGGAACACCUGGAUCGUGCUUUAGCUCUCAGAGACGAUGACCCGCUGUGUUUCUACCUGCUGGGCCGCUGGUGCUAUGAGAUGAGCAGGUUGUCGUGGUUGGAGCAGAAGGCAGCAGCUGCUCUGUAUGAAACUCCUCCAUGUUCCUCUCUACACCAUGCUCUGGAGAACUUCCUCAAGGCUGAGGAACUAAAACCAGGAUUCUCCAGAGCAGUGAGACUCUACGUUGCCAAGUGUCAUAAGGAUUUAGGGAACGAAUCAGAGGCGAGGAACUGGGCACACCUGGCACUGGCUACACCCACUAACACCCACCAGGAGGCGAGUAUCUCUGGAUUGGAGGCGGAGCUACAGGCUUUGAUUGACAGCCCGGCUGAGCAGCUAUAAGGCGAUAGAGAUUAUUUUUCAUUCCCCCCCCCAGUACAGCAUAAUGGAUCAUUCCAAACUCUGAGAACAUUUUAAACUUUUCAAACACUCGUGUUUUAACACGAAAACUCCGACCAAAAUAACAACCCUCAGCACUGAACUCUCCGGAUGUUUCCUACGUAGGCACCCUAGUUUUAAAAGGAAAUGAUGGCAUGAUGUUAUACAUUCCGACCUUCUAGCACUUAAAGAGAAGAACUUUAUUAAAGCUGCUGUUCAGAACGUGGAGCAUGUGGAUUUAUCUCUGAUUAUUUAACACCUUUUACUCCGAUCGGCUGUGUUUUAUUUACAAGAUAACAAAGCUAUUUAUUUCACGUGUAACUUAUAAACCCCUCACGUGUGUGUGGGACGUGUGUUCUUAACAUGUUUGGUGCUGGAGUGUAAAGAAACCUGAAGGAAAUAAAGUCAAGCUGAGCCUGA